GGCGCCGUUCGCCCCUAGCGGGAUUCGAACUCGCGGCCUCUCCGUGCUGCGCGCUGCGCUCCGCCCCGCGGCCUCACAAAAUGGCGGCGCUGCGCGGGACGCGGGUGCUCCCCACAGCAGCACGCUGUGGGCGCAGGCUGCUCUCUAUGGGGGCUGCCCCACACGUGCAGCAUGGGACCCCCACAGGCGGCUUCAGCUUUGAGCUGAGCCCACAGCAGAAGGAGUUCCAGGCUACAGCACGGCGCUUUGCACUGGAGGAGAUCAUCCCCGUGGCAGCACAGUAUGACCGAACUGGAGAGUAUCCCAUGCCGCUGAUCAAACGUGCCUGGGAGCUGGGGCUGAUCAAUACUCACAUCCCUGAGAGCUGCGGCGGGCUGGGCCUGGGCUGCUUCGAGGCGUGCCUUAUCACUGAGGAGCUGGCAUACGGCUGCACCGGCGUCCAGACAGCCAUGGAGGCCAAUUCCCUUGGGCAAAUGCCGCUGAUCAUCGCGGGCAACGAGCAGCAGCAGCGCAAAUACCUGGGCAGGAUGGUGGAGGAGCCCAUCAUGUGUGCCUACUGUGUGACGGAGCCCGGCGCCGGCUCCGAUGUGGCUGGCAUUAAAACCAAAGCGGAGCGGAAGGGCGACGAGUACAUCGUCAAUGGGCAGAAGAUGUGGAUCACCAACGGGGGCAAAGCCAGCUGGUACUUCCUGCUGGCACGCACAGACCCGGACCUUUCGGCCCCAGCCAGCAAAGCCUUCACGGGGUUCGUGGUGGAUGCUGACAGCCCCGGGAUCCACGUGGGGCGGAAGGAGCUGAACAUGGGGCAGCGCUGCUCGGACACGCGGGGCAUCGUCUUUGAGGACGUGAGGAUCCCCAAGGAAAACGUGCUGCUGGCCGAAGGCGCCGGCUUCAAGAUCGCCAUGGGAGCCUUUGACAAGACCCGGCCGCCCGUGGCGGCCGGCGCCGUGGGCUUGGCCAGGAGGGCGCUGGAUGAGGCCACCCGGUACGCGCUGGAGAGGAAGACCUUUGGGAAGCCCAUCGUGGAGCACCAGGCCGUGUCCUUCCUGCUGGCGGAGAUGGCCAUGAAGGUGGAGCUGGCCCGCCUCGCCUACCAGCGCGCCGCCUGGGAGGCGGAUGCCGGGCGCCGCAAUACGUUCUUUGCCUCCAUCGCCAAAGCCUUCGCUGCAGACGUGGCCAACCAGGCAGCUGCUGACGCCGUGCAGAUCUUUGGAGGCAGCGGCUUCAACAGCGAAUACCCCGUGGAGAAGCUGAUGAGGGAUGCCAAGAUCUACCAGAUUUAUGAGGGCACCGCUCAGAUUCAACGCCUCAUCAUCGCCCGGGAGCAUCUCAGCAAAUUCCAGGCACACGUUUAGGUUCAAAUCCCCAUUUUCUGCCAUUUUGGGCUUUGGUUCUUCGUGCUGUGGCAGUGCCUUGGGGCCCUUCUCAGCCAACACAAAGUGGGCGGAAAAGGGACUUUUACCCCCAAAUCCCUUUCCUUCCACAGUGGCUGAGUGCUGCCCCCCUCCUCACCCCCCUCCAGCACCCCCAAAUUUUUGCCUUUUUCUGCUCUGUUUUCACUGAAGUGGCCCCAGUUUGGGGCAGAAGUGAUGAGGGUGGCACAAAUGGGGCGAAAUCAUUGUUUUUAAUUGGAGUGAUGGAAAAUGACCCAAAACGGCGCUGAUUUGGGGGUUUGUGGGGGGACCCCCAGCCCCUCAUUAAUUUAUCUCAGGGAAGAAUAAAAUGAAUGAACUCA